AUGCCUACUACAAAAGGUCGUCAGUCUCGUAAGAGCAGCAAGGCUGCACGUUCUCGUAGAGCUUGGUUGUCCAAACACAAGCAAUUAGAUUCGUCUCGUCCAACUCGUUCAUCAUCGUCGUCGUCAUCUGAAUCAUCGAAUAGUAUUGAAGACCUAUUCAUUAAUUCAUUAUAUUUGACAACAACCUCAUUAUCUUCAAACAAUACAUUAAAUAACUUAUGCACUUCACAGCAAAAAAUAAUGGCAUAUGAAAGAAGAAAAAAUAAUGUAGUAGCCGAUAGUGAUGAAACGGAUUUUUAUCAAGUAAUCCACAACAGCUUUUUAUUAGAAUUGAUGCGAAAUACCAUAUGUAUUGGAUGUAAAGAACAAUGGAAUGGGAAAAUACAUAUUAGUUUAUAUUGUUCAUUAGCAUUUACAUGCCAAAAGUGUGAACAUACAAUACAAAUUAAUACAUCUAAGAUGAUUCCGGAUACAAAACAUCGUGAUAUCAAUAUACGUGUUCAAUUAGGUGCACAUUUGGCAGGAAUUGGCCGUGCUGGUGUAGCUAAAAUAUUUGGGACGAUGAAUAUACCUCCACCAGUAAAAGAAGAUCACUAUGAAGAAAUUGAUAGAAAACUUCUAUUACCAUGUAUCAAAAAAUUCCAACAUCAAUCAAUGCAAGCUGCUAUUUAUGAGGCUGUUGAUGAGAACGAAGGUGAUCCAACAAACUUAACAGUUAGUGGAGAUGGAACAUGGCAAAGACGAGGCUUCAAAAGUAUCCAUGGAAUAGCUGCUGUUUUAUCGUGCAACACAACACCGAAAGUACUCGAUGUUCAACGUUUAUCAAAAAAAUGUGUGAUAUGCACUGGUGCAUUAAGUGUGAAAAAUACAGAUCCAGAUUUAUAUGUCGAAAUUAUUAACAAUCAUGACUGUGAAUCAAAUUAUGAUGGAUCAUCUGGAGGUAUGGAAUCACAAGGUAUUCAAGACAUAUUUAAACGUUCCGUUCCAAACUAUCAAGUUCAGUACACUCGGUAUAUUGGAGAUGGAGAUUCGUCGGUCAUGUGGAAUCUUACUCAACAUCCCCCAUAUCCAGAUAUCAAAAUUGAGAAGAUCGAAGACAUCAAUCAUUGGUCAAAAAGAAUGUUAUAUCGGUUGGAAAAGUUGACACAAGAGUUGAAAGAUACAAUGUUAGAUCCAGAAAAAAAACGAAAAGGAAUUGGUGGUGUUAAUCGCUUGACCAAGGGCACAAAAUAUGACCAGCAGAAACACUCUUUACCAAAAUAUGUCAUGGAAGCUAUUAAACCUGCAUUUGAAGACCUGGCUUCUAAAGAAACUUUACAACAUGUACUUAAUGGAUCCAGCCAAAAUGCUAAUGAGUCAUUUCACUCAUUCUUAUGGUCCAUGGCUCCUAAGAACAGAUAUUGUAGUGGAACUAUUAUUGAUAUCUGUCUUGGGUUGGCUGUUAUGAUCUAUAACGACGGUUACUUAUCUAUCGGUGAAAUAUUACACGAACUAUUAGGUGAAAUGGGUCAUUUUUCUUAUGUUGCUUUUGAUCGCAUAAAUAAACAACGCGUACAAAAAGAAGCACAAUGGAGGAAGAGACGAGGACAACAGAUAGCCGGUGAUGAAGAUACUAAUGAUGAUGAAGAUACUGAUGAUGAUGAAGAUAAGAAUGAUGAUACAAUUGAAGACUAUCACUCUGGUGCAUAUCGAACUGUGAUUUUCACCUCAUUAUUGUUUCUCAAGAAACGUGACUGUAAUGAUGGUCGUGCAUCUCGAAUAUGA